AGUUCCCAGCUCGCCGGAGGAGCUGGGCCGCCCGCACGCAGCAGCACCAUGAGCGCCCCAGCAGCCGCCCCCAUCUUCGCCCCCGGCGAGAACUGCAGCCCCGCAUGGGGGGCUGCGCCCGCGUCCUACGACGCGGCGGACACGCACCUGCAGAUCCUUGGCAAGCCGGUGAUGGAGCGGUGGGAGACGCCGUACAUGCACGCUCUGGCGGCAGCUGCCACUUCCAGAGGCGGCCGCAUCCUGGAGGUGGGCUUCGGCAUGGCCAUCGCGGCCUCCAAGGUGCAGGAGGCACCCAUCGACGAGCACUGGAUCAUUGAGUGUAAUGACGGUGUUUUCCAGCGGCUGCAGGACUGGGCCCGGGAGCAGCCCCACCAGGUUGUCCCUUUGAAAGGCCUGUGGGAGGAGGUCGCGCCCACUCUGCCAGAUGGACACUUUGAUGGGAUCCUAUAUGAUACGUACCCACUGUCUGAGGACACCUGGCACACGCACCAGUUCAACUUCAUCAAGGGCCAUGCUUUCCGCCUGCUGAAGCCUGGCGGUGUGCUCACCUACUGCAACCUCACGUCCUGGGGGGAGCUGAUGAAGGGGGCUUACUCAGACAUCACCGCCAUGUUCGAGGAGACACAGGUGCCGUCGCUGCUGGAGGCGGGGUUCCGGCGUGAGAACAUCUGCACAGAGCUGAUGGCGCUGACGCCGCCGCCGGACUGCCGCUACUACACCUUCCCCCAGAUGAUCACACCUGUGGUGACCCGCCAUUGAGCCAUCUGUCAGCUGCGUCCCAGGGCCUCCUGCACAUGCCUCCUCACCCCCGUGGGAGCACCCCUCCCUCUGACCCAGGGCUGCUGAGCUGGAAUAAACAGAUGUGUGGUUUUA